AUGUCUUCCAUGACCCAAAACCGUCUCUUCCGCGAAUACAAGACACUCUCAGAAAACCCACCUGACGGCAUCACGGCCGGUCCCGUUUCCGAGGAUGACAUGUUCCACUGGGAGGCAUUGAUCCAGGGUCCCGAGGGUACCCCUUACGAAGGCGGGGUCUUCGCUGCGGAAUUGAAGUUCCCCAAAGAUUAUCCGCUCUCGCCGCCGACGAUGAAGUUUGUUGGGGGCGGGGUUUGGCAUCCGAACGUCUACCCCAAUGGGACAGUAUGCAUUUCUAUCCUUCACCCGCCUGGCGAUGACCCGAAUCAUUAUGAGCAUGCUUCAGAACGGUGGUCGCCUAUCCAGAGUGUGGAGAAGAUUCUUAUCUCGGUCAUGAGUAUGCUUGCCGAGCCGAAUGACGAGAGCCCUGCCAAUGUGGAGGCCGCAAAGAUGUGGAGAGAAAGACGGGCCGAGUAUGAAAAGAAAGUCAGGGAGGAGGUCCGGAAGGGACUGGGACUGUAA